UAUACAGUCCUUGCACGAUCAGCGAGCAUAGGUAUUGCGCCCACACCAUCCCAACUACAACCCCCCAAACAAAUACACCCCCAUAUACCAAAAUGGGUGGUCCCAACCUCGAAGUUUUCAAAGUAAUUCUCCCUCCCCCUUCCCUCUCUCCCUUAUCCUCUCCUCUCCCCUCCCUCUCCCAUCCCAUCCUCCUCCCCAUACUAACAAGCAAUCCAUUAGUUCGGGAUGUACAUCAUGUUCCCCAUCGCCAUAAUGUACUACUACGGCACGAAUCUCGACAACAAAUUCUCUGUCCCGGGCUUCUGGCCGAAACCCGAGCAGACGAAUCGUAUACCCUUUGAGAGGGAGGAGAUACGGAGUGAGCUGGAGAGGUUGAGGACGAGGAGAUUGUAUUUGAGGGAGAGGAGACUGGAGGCUGAGACGAGGAGGAGUGGGGGUGAGGAUGGGGACGGGGGGUCGAGGUGAGGGUUUUUGGGGGAGAGGGGUUGGAGAGGGAAUUGGGAAUGGCGGGGAGGAAUUGGGACUUGGGAAUUGGAGUGGGCGGGGUCGGGUUGGUGGGGUGGGUUUGGUGUCCAGGUUGGUACGGGAGAUGUUGGUGGGAUAUUGCGAAUUGGGAGGGAUAUGUAUGAUGGGUUUCUCGACUGGGUAUAGUACAUUGGGAGCCGCUGUGGGAGAUCUAUGAUGGCGAUAUCGAAUAGGCACGCUGAGCACUGGCGCGGGAGAUUCAACGAUGGUGGUAUUGGCUUGGAACAUCGAGGACCGGGAAAAAGGCGUUUAAAUAUGCAUUAAAGGCGUUGAGGAUUAGGGCAAAUAUUCGACAUUGAACGACUGACUGCAAGCAAAAGCUCUACGACUAACAUCAUGAUUCGUUUUGACGGAGAACUGACAGAGUCCCCGCUAUAUUGUACAAAUACAUCUUUUACAUUUGUUGUACAUUCUAUGUUUCUUUAUGAGUCUAAUUUGCUUUGUACAUCCUCCCAUUCUUCAUCAGUCAAACUUCCUUGCGCAACAUUCGCAUACACUGCCUGGACACAUUGCUGUUCCCUCAUGAGAUUGACGAAAUCCAGGAAUGGCUUCGUGGAUUCUGCAUCUAAUGGCACUUUGGUAUCCUCAUUUGGGUCCCAGAGGAUCUGUGAACUUUCCGCCUUUAAUCCCAAGCUCUUCUCCAAAGAUUGCGCCGCAGAAGUUGUUUUAUUUGGCUCCGUCCAAAGUACUAUACCCCCAUCUUCAUCGGUCUCUACAUCCUCAGCGCCAGCCUCGAUCGCCUCAUCUAGUACUUCAUCCACACCUAGCGAUUCAUGCGCCUCGAAUGAUACCCGUCCUUUCUUCUGGAACAAAUACGUCGUAGGUGUAGCAGCUCCGCCCGCCUUCUUGACAUAGUACCGUAGGUCUUCCAAUGUGCGCUUCGCUCUAUCGGUUUCGGCUUCGAUGAUCAUGGCUAUCUGAGGUGGCACGAUAGCUUCUAGUGUGAUGUACUCGAGAAUCGCUCCAGUCGCUGAUUUGCC